AUGUCUACAUACAAGAGACCCCAAUCCGAGCCCAUUGCCAUUGUCGGCACGGGGUGUCGGUUUGCUGGCGACGUCACCUCCCCCUCAAAGCUAUGGGACCUCCUCACAAACCCUAGAGACCUCUCGCAAGAAGUGCCUCCAAACCGGUUUCACGCCCAAGGCUUCUACCAUGCCGACGGCGAGUAUCACGGCGCAACAAACGCCACACAGGGUUACUUCCUCGAACAGGACCACCGCGUCUGGGACGCCGGCUUCUUCAACAUUACGCCAAAGGAGGCCGAGGCCAUUGACCCGCAGCAACGCAUCAUCCUCGAGGUUGUCUACGAGGCGCUCGAGUCGGCCGGGUACAACAUCGAAAAGUACGCCGGCCGCAAGGUGGCCGUGUUCGCCGGACUGAUGACAGCCGACUAUGACACGCUAUGCCAGCGCGACGACAUCACGUCGAACCAGUACUUCGCCACGGGCAACUCGCGGGCGAUCCUCUCGAACCGGAUAUCCUACUUCUUCAACUUCCGCGGCCCGUCCAUGACCAUCGACACAGCCUGCUCGUCGAGCCUCGUGGCGCUGCACCAGGCCGUACUGAGCCUGCGGUCCGGCGAGUGCGAGAUGGCCUGCGUGGCGGGCGCCAACCUGAUGAUCACGCCGGAGCAGUUCAUCAGCGAGGCCAGCCUGCACAUGCUCAGCCCGACGGGCAAGUCGAGGAUGUGGGAUGUGUCCGCCGACGGGUACGCCCGCGGCGAGGGCUUCGCGGCGCUGUUUGUCAAGCCCCUGUCCCAGGCUCUCCGGGAUGGCGACUCGGUCAUCAGCAUCAUCCGCGAGACGGGCGUCAACUCGGACGGCCGCACCCAGGGAAUCACGAUGCCGAGUCCCCUGGCCCAGGCCGAGCUGAUCCGGGACACGUACCGCCGGUCCGGUCUGGACGCCCUGAGCCCGACCGACCGGUGCCAGUACUUCGAGGCCCACGGCACAGGGACGCAGGCGGGCGACCCGAGAGAGGCGCAGGCCAUCUCGACGGCCUUCUUCGGCGACAAAGCAUCGGCCACGGCAGACGAAGACGAACAGAAGCUCGUCGUUGGUUCCGUCAAGACGGUCAUCGGCCACACCGAGGGCGCCGCGGGCCUCGCCGGUCUGCUGAAGGUCGUCCAUGCCAUGAUCAACCGCUCUAUCCCGCCUAACCUGCACCUCGAGACGCUGAACCCGAGCGUGAGACCGUUCUACGGCCACCUCCACGUCCCCGUAGACAUUGUCCCAUGGCCCCGGGCCCCGGCCGGUCAGCCGCUCCGCGGAAGCGUCAACUCGUUCGGCUUCGGCGGCACCAACUCGCACGCCAUCAUCGAGCGGUACGAGCCGAGCAUCCACGAUCAGGUCGCGAGGCACUUCGCCCCGGCCUUGGGGGUGUCUGCUGCUAUCCGGACUACCCCCGCGUAUGAUCUCGAGGCACCCUCCGUUGGACUCCCGUUGCUGCUCUCGGCCAAGUCGCAAAAGUCCCUUGUCGCCGUUGUCCGGUCUCUACGCGACUUCAUGAGGACUCACACCGACAAGUCGGCCGACGAGAUCGCCUGGAACUUAUAUGCCCACCGCUCAGCGCUGACGUACCGCACCUCCGUCAGCAGCGACUCUCGUGAAGGGAUCAUCGCCAGCCUCGACGGCCUCCUCGCCAAGGCUGGGUCGUCGUCGUCGAACCCGGAGCUCGGCGUCCGGGCCAAGCUGAACGGCGGCGAGGUCAAGACGCUCGGCAUCUUCACCGGCCAAGGGGCCCAGUGGUCCGGCAUGGGCCGCCAGCUCUUCCACUCCAACGCCGUCUACCGCGCCGCCAUCGAGUCUCUCGAGAAGGUCCUCCGGAGCUGCCCUCAUCCUCCUACGUGGUCCCUCGUAGACGAGCUCAUCCACCAGGAGGACGCCACGCGCAUCAACAUCGCCGCGCUGUCUCAGCCCCUCUGCACGGCCGUCCAGGUCGCCCUCAUCGACCUCCUCGCGAGCAUCGGCGUCUCGUUCCACACCGUCGUCGGCCACUCCUCUGGCGAGAUCGCGGCCGCGUAUGCCGCAGGCGUGCUCAGUGCCCGCGACGCCAUGCUCAUCUCCUACUACCGCGGCAAAUCCGCCCACCUCGCCGGCGGCCAAGACGGCGGCAAGGGCAUGAUGAUGGCCGUGGGUAUGACUCGCGCCGAGGCCUCGGCCCUCUGCGAGCGGGACGGCGUCCGGGGCCGCGUCUGGGUCGCUGCCAGUAACGCGCCGUCCAGCGUCACGCUCUCGGGUGACGUCGACGCCGUCAAGGCGCUCCAAGCCGAGCUGACGGAGGAUAAGAAGUUCGCCCGGCUCCUCGUCGUCGAUACGGCGUACCACUCGGCGCACAUGGAGCGGCCGGCCGCGCAGUACAUGAAAGAUCUGGCGGGCUGCGGCAUCGAGCCGAGAGAGCGGAACUCGAAGACCGUCUGGGUGUCUAGUGUCUACGCAGACGGCACGGAGCCGAGCAUCGAGGAGCUCAAGGGCAGCUACUGGAGGGAUAACAUGGUCAAGCCCGUCUCCUUCUACGAGGCAAUUGGCCUUGCUCUCACCUCCCAGGGGCCGUUUGCCAGCGCAGUUGAGGUCGGACCUCAUCCCGCUCUCAAGGGUCCAGUCCAGCAGACCGUCAAGGCCGUCUCCGGCGGUGUUCUCUCGUACGCCGGCGUCCUCGACCGCAAAAAGGAUGACAGACACGCGUUUGCCGAGUUCCUCGGCUUCACUUGGAACUACUUCGGCACCGACGCCAUCGACUGGAAGCCCCUGAUCUCGAACUCGUCCCAGCCCAACCUCCUUGGCUCAAGGAUGGAGCUGCCUUCGUACCCCUGGGACCACAGCCAGAUGCACUUCCGCGAGUCCCGCGUCGCCCAUCAGUACCAGUUCCGCCAGCAAGGCCCCCAUGAGCUGCUCGGCGUCCGCACCCGCGACGACACCGAGUUCGAGCUGAGAUGGCGCAACAUCCUCAAGCUCGAGACGGUGCCGUGGAUCCAGCACCACAAGUUCCAGGGCCAGGCUCUGCUCCCGGCGUCUGCUUACUGCGUGCUGGCCCUGGAUGCCGCGCGGGCCGUCCUCAACGGUCGCCCGGCCGCCGUCGUCGAGCUGACGGACCUCGAGUUCAUGAGCGGCAUCUCCCUCGAGUCCAAUACCUACGGAGUCGAGACGCUCGUGUCUCUGAGCAUCCAGCCAUCCUCUUCGUCUACCAAGGGAGGGGGCCGCCUGGCCGGCAAGGUCAUCGAUGGGGCCUUCACCAUCACCUCGUGCUACGCCGACGGCGUCACGCCGAUGCAGAAGAACUUCACGGGCAACCUGCGGAUCUAUCUCGGCGAGCCCUCCGAGGAUGCCCUCCCGGCACGAGACCCGGCCACGGCCGAGACGCUGCCGGCAGACACGGACUCGUUCUACCAGAUGAUGUCUGAGAUCGGGCUGGACUACACGGGGCCUUUCCGGGCUCUCGAGGACAUCGACCGGCGGUACAACUUCUGCUCGGCGACGCUCCAGAGGUUCCACGAGGCCGACACCACAGGCCUCGGCGUCAGCCCGGCGACCCUGGACAGCUGCUUCCACUCCGUCUUCGCCGCUGUGGCCUCGCCUGGAGACAAGUCGCUCUGGACGUCCUUUUUGCCGAGGAGCAUCGACAAGAUCCGCUUCAACCUGGCCCUCUGCGAUACAAAGCGUGGUGAGCAGGGUGCUUCGUCUUCUUCGCUGGUGGUCGACUCUGUCAUCACGCAGGAGAUCCCGCGCACCAAGACGGCGACGACCAAGUUCGUGGGUGACAUGGGCAUCUACAACGCCCGCGGCGAGAUGGAGAUCCAGGUUGAAGGUCUCAUGGUCGCAUCGUUCGCCAACUCCAGGCCCGAAGACGACAAGGAGCUCUACCUGACGACCGUCAUGGACCUCGACCCGGAGCACGAGAUGGUCACGGCUGACCUCAGCCAGGAGGACGUCGCCACGGAGCGCGUGCUGCUCGAGGCCUGCGAGAGGGUCGCGCGGUUCUACGUCCAUGACGAGGCCUCCCUCAAGGACAUCGCCAUGUCGUCGUCGUCUCCCACCUUCUUCACACCUCCCGCGACGCCUCACUCUCCUACGAAAGCCGUCUCUUCUUUCUCCUCCGCCUCGUCUGCGCCGACCGAGACGACUGCCAGUCCCUGGCCGCAGGACACGCCCGAGACCCUCGACGCCUACAUCGCGCAGUCCCCCUUCCAGCACGCUCUCAGCUUCAUCCGCCUGCUGGGCGAGAACAUCCCGGACGUCCUCCCGGCCAUGUUGUCGACCAUCAUCCAGGAGGCCAAGCAGCUGUACCGCUUCCGGUCCCACGUCAGCCGUGUCGUCUCCCAGCUCGCCCACCGCUACCCGCGCAUGCGCGUGCUGGGCCUCACGGACCCCGAGACGGCCCUCACAGAGCACGUCAUCGACGGCCUCGGCACCUCGUUCGUGUCGUACACCGUCGGCACCGAGACGGACAAGAACCUGCUCGCGCGGUUCUCUUCCGAGGCCGUCCGGAGAAAGAUUGACACGGAGAAGCACACCCGGAUCCUGGAGAACGACGACGGCGAGGACAACAACAACAACUCGUCCCUCCAGCCCUUUGAUCUGGUCGUGCUGACGACGUCCGUGAUCAAGGGCGCCGAGCAGCGUGACAAGCUCAAGCAGGUCCGGAGCCUCAUGAAGCCCGGGGGCUACCUCAUCCUCAUACACGAGUCCAUGAGCCCCCUCCGGGACCGACUCCGGCGGGCGUUCGGCGUCAAGAGACUGGCCGAGGAGCCCCUGACACCGCCCGAAUGGCCGGACCUUCUGGACGAGUGCGGCUUCGCGCGGGUCUCCAAGAACGCCGAGCAGUUCUUCGCGCCGGACUUUUCUCUCAUCGUCCGGCAGGCCGAGUCGGACCUCAAGCAGACGGCGCUGGCUCCACUUUUAUCUUCCGGCCGCCUCGGCGGCGCCGUAGUGGGGCAACCCCGGGUAGCUGGACACACCGUCAUUAUCGGCGCGGCCGAGAACACGGCCGAGCUGUCCGCGGAGAUCCACGAGAAGCUGGUCCCCCUGUGCGACAGCAUCGACAUCAUCGCCGACCUCGACGCGCUCCAGCCGGCCGUCUUCAACGAGAUCUCCUCCGUCGUCUUCCUCGCCGACCUGGACGAGCCCAUGAUGAGCACCAUGACCCCGGCGCGUCUCGACCUCUUCCGCGCCCUCAUGGCGCCCGAGAAGGUCGUCCUCUGGGUCACGAUGAACUCCCGCGCCGGCAACCCGGAGCACGCGGCGACCUUUGGCUUCGCCCGCUCCAUGCUCGCCGAGAUCCCCAGCCUGAAGCUGCAGAUGCUCGACCUCGACUCGCGUCGGGACGCGGGCGGCAUCGUCGCCGAGACCUUCCUCCGCCUCGGCAUGCGGGAUCUCCGCGCCGCCGCCGCCGACGGCGAGCUCCUCUGGAGCCACGAGAACGAGAUCUUCAUGGAGCACGGCCGCCGCCUCGUGCCGCGCAUGCUGCCCUGGAAGGAGGGCAACGACCGCGUCAACUGCCCGCGGCGGCUGGUCUCGGACGAGGUCAACACGCUCCGGCAGUGCGUUGAGGUCAUCUCGUCUCAGUCCGGCGAUGGCUCGGCCGCUUACACGACUAACAUCGUCGAGGAGACGGAUAUGGAUGAAGGUAGUAUCGGCGGCGGCGGCGUCGGCGGCAUGGCGAUCCCUGAGCAGAGCGUCAUCCAGGUCGCCUACAGCUCCGUCGAGGUCGUCAACUUCGGGCUCAAGUACGCCUCCCACGUCUGCGUCGGCAAGGAGGUCACCUCGGGCGAGCUGUGCCUCGCCAUGGCCAAGUCCAACUCGUCCUACGUCACGGUGCCCGACUCGUGCGUUUUCCAGCUGAGCAGCAGCAACAUCGACCCCAAGCUGCUCCUGGGCCUCGUCCUGCGCUACAUCGUCGCCCUGUCCGUCGCCGAGGACAUGAUGGAGCAGACCGUUCUCCUCCUGGAGCCGGACGCUGCGCUCCUCGAGUGCAUGAGGGAGGUCUUCGAGGCCAAGGGCGCCACCGUCGUCGCCUGCACGACCACCUCCUCUGCGAAGAACAAGGGCUUCUUCGGCCAACGGUAUAUCCACCCUUAUGCCAGCAACCGCGAGCUCAAGGCCCUCUUCCCGGCCGCCGGCGCCGCCGUCAUCGACUUCCUCCCGGAGGGCAGCGAGCUUUCCGAGGCCAUCCUAGACUGCCUGCCCGAGAACUGCGAGUACCACUCCCGCUUCUCCCUGCUGACCUCGGAGCACGUCGUCGCCCUCGGGGACUCGAUGGACAUCGAGCACCUCUGGGAGAUGGCCAUCGGCAAAGCCAUCACCAACGUCAGGAGCGCCAAGGGGGCUCAGAUUGGCCUCCCGGAUCUCGAGACCAUCUCGGUGCCGCAGCUGCUGGACCACCACACGGCGAGCAGCAAGCCCUUCCAGAUGCUCGACUGGCGCGCCGAGCGUAAGGUGCAGCACGUCGCGAAGCCCCUCUUCGGCACGCAGCUCCUCCGGCCCUACAAGACGUACGUCCUCGUCGGCCUCACGCGCGACAUGGGCCAGAGCCUGUGCAACCUCUUCUUCGAGCACGGCGCCCGCCACCUCGUGCUCGCGAGCCGCAACCCCAAUAUGGAGCCGCGGUGGAUCGCCGACCUCGCCGCCAAGGGGUGCCAGGUCCGCAUGGAGCGGCUCGACGUCACGAGCGUCGACAGCGUGCGGACCUUCAAGCAGCGCCUGGCCUCUCCCGCCGAGGACGGCGGCUGCGGCAUGCCCCCCGUUGCCGGCAUCGUCAACGGCGCCAUGGUGCUCGACGACCGCGUCUUCGCCCAGAUGGACGUCGACACCUGGGACCGCGUGCUGCGUCCCAAGACGGUGGGGUCCAGCAACCUCGACGCCGUCUUCUGCGAGGCGGACAUGGAGUUCUUCAUCAUGACGUCCUCUUUCGCGGCCCCCGGCGGCCACGGCGGCCAGAGCAACUACGCGGCGGCCAACAUGUACAUGAACGGGCUCGCGGCGAACCGGCGCCUCCGCGGCCUCGCUGGCUCGGUGCUCAACAUGGGCGUCGUCUACGGCCUGGGUCUGCUGCACCGCGAGCGCAACGACAUCUACGCGUUCCUCGAGCGGGACGGCUACCCGCCCAUCUCGGAGCGCGAUAUUCACCACAUGUUCCUCGAGGCCAUCGUCGCUGGCCGCCCGGUCGAGGGCCAGGUGUACGACAUCACGACGGGGCUGAGCCGAUACGCCGUCAACCGCGUGGACCUGCUGCACUGGCAGAGGGACGCGCGCUUCUCGCACUUUACCUUUGACGACGGCGAAGAUGCCGGCGGCGAGGGAGGGAACGAGGGCAAGAUCAGCCUGAAGGACGCCAUCAGGGCCGUCGUCGAGGGCGGCGUCGACGAGGUGGCGCGCGUCUUGACCGAGGGCUUCGCGCGGUACCUCGAGGUCGUCCUCGGACAGGGCGAGGGCAGCGUCAAGGGCGAGCACAGCGUCGGCGAGCUGGGCAUGGACUCGCUCGUCGCCGUCGAGGUGAGGGGCUGGUUCUGGAAGGUCGUCGAGAGGGACGUCUCGGUGAUGAAGAUUCUCGGCAGCGCAAGCGUUGCGAAGUUGUGCCACGAGGUUGCUGAGGGCUAUGUCAACGAGAAGAGCAAGGCAUAAAAUGCUUUGAUACGGACCCAAAGAGGUCGGCAGAAAAACACGGUUGGGGGUUUUCUUUGUCCUGUUUGAUUGGUCUUUUUCAGGCGCAAGGUAUGGAUGAGUAGGUCUCUUGUGUCUGUUGGGAGGUUGGGUCACGGCGCUUCGAACUGGACUGGAAAAGGCCGGCUUGGUGGUUCGGAUUGACUUGGGGUUUUUUUUACGCAUGCUUGGAGUUGUUUGCCUUUUUUGGGACUCUUUAUUAGUGUUCCAGAGUUGUCUGCUUGUUCUGUACUGUUUUUUUAAACGUUCUGGAGUUGUUUGUGUGGGUUGGAGGGUCUUUGCUACGAUAUACCACGGUCUCUACAUAUCUUAUCAUACUCAGUUGGCGUCGUUAGUUAUCAGUAAGCAGCUUGUUAUUCUGGUCGGAAACUUGCGUCUUCUUCGUGAAUAUAUUCACUUUCUGCUAAUCAGACUCCCUUGGCAGAAUCCUCAGUGCUUCUGCCCUGCUCACAAGAGACCCAAACGACGUCCUUGG